UUUUUCUGUUGUUGUGACGGCGCAAACCGGGAAAGAGACCAAUGAGUCAGCUGCUGAUAGGGGUUAAUUUUACCUAACGAACCUAUAUAUAUACACGCAUCGAUAACAGUCCUGCUGGAAACAAGUAUAGGGAAGAUCUGCUAGUUUUUGACGACGGUUUUUCCAAGAGGUAACAAUGGCAGUUCCGGUAGCUGCGUUUCCACUGAACACAUCAUCCAGCCCGGGUUUGCUGGAGCACAACAUUCACAUCAGCGACAGAGAUUUGGAGAGGAUUUCAAGUGACAACGAUAACGACACUCUGCCUUUGCAUUCUCCGUGGACUUUUUGGCUCGAUCGGUCUCUACCUGGAACUACAGCAGCUGAAUGCGAGUCAAACCUGAAGAAAAUCUACACGGUUGAGACUGUCCAGAACUUCUGGAGAGUUUACAACAACAUACCCGGGGUCUCCAGUCUGCCGCUGAGAUGUAGCUACCAUCUGAUGCGAGGAGAGAGAAAACCCCUCUGGGAAGAAGAGAGCAAUGCUAAAGGUGGUGUUUGGAAAAUGAAAGUGCCCAAAGAAUGCACUUCUGCAGUGUGGAAAGAGUUGCUGUUGGCGACCAUUGGAGAACAGUUCAGUGAUUAUUGUGCCUCAGAUGAUGAAGUUGUCGGGGUCAGCGUCAGCGUAAGAGACAGAGAGGAUGUCUUUCAGGUGUGGAACGGAAAUGCUUCAUGUGCUAAUGAGUCAAAGAUCUUAGGGAGGAUCAAUGAGCUCCUCCCACAAAUACCCUUUAAAGCUGUCUUUUACAAACCACACGAGGAGCACCAUGCAUUUGAAGGAGGUCGACCAAGACAUUAGCACAGCUCGAACAGCAGAACACCUUUAGAUGUACUUGUUAAAUGCUUAUUUUGGAUAAUGUUUGGGCAAAAUUUUGAUGCAGUUGAGUUUAACGUUGCUGUAUUUGUGUCAUCUAAAUUACCUCAAAAUGUAGCCGAUGUAUUAUUAAUCUUAGUGGAUGGGGUUUUUCAUCUUCUGAGCACUUCUGUCAUCCAUCACGUGACCCAGAAUACUUUUAUUAUUGUCACUUUUAUUAAGUAGAAAACCCCUUUUAGUUUGAUUUUAUCUACGACAGUGUUUGUAUGUUUUUAUACUGAAACAUUUUGCAGAACCAAAAACAGCAGAUCAUGUACAGUCAGGUUGUUUUUAGAUGUAUUAUAGCAUAGUUGUUGUUUCCUGAGAACAGAAAUAGCUUGGUUGGUCUUUAAAUUGAAUCUAGUUUUUGGAAGAGCAGGAGGCUCGGUUCCACAAAUUGAACCUGUAUUAUCACUUUACAUUACAAGGCUUUUCUAGUCGCCUCUUUUCCCUGUUUUGUUUGUUACAGCCAAAACACUGCUGCCUAUACUGGAGAACCUACGGAUUAAGUAUGCUGUAAUUCUACCAUUCGAGCAGACAAUUGCACAUUUGUCUUUGUUUUUUUCCCGUUUCUUUCUUUAGGAUAAUCUUGAUUUGUGGAAAGCUUAUGUUCACGUUGCAAUUUCAAGACCCCAGUGCACAAAAAUCGUAGGUAGACGCUGAGAAAGAUAUGCAAUCAUUUUUUAUUCUGCAGAAUAUGUAGUGUCAUGGUUGUUAGUUUGUUCAAGCUCUGCCCUAAAUCAAGCACUUUGUUUUCUUACUGUUUGUGUUAAGUCACCAGAUAGUCCUUCUCGGUUUACAUGGAGUUAUGAUGACUGAGACCAAAUCCAGCUUGGUUUUGUGUCGUCACCCUUUUCUGAUCAAUCGUAAAACUGUUUUGGUUCACGUUGAGUUUUUCUUUUUUUUCUGCUUUAGUGUAGAAAACGAGGUUAUUCAAUGUGUUUUUAUGUAUUCAACUGACUUGUGUUCAAAUUAAAUUUGUGAAAACAACCAUUUUGGAUUAUGCUGCCUAUAGGAUAAAUACUGAAUAAUCAAACCCCCCUAAACCUUCACAAAAAUAAGCUGUAUAUGCACUGAUCAAAAUCUGAUUUGAGCAGUUAUUACACAUCUCAGCCAGCACUUUUAUGGUCCAUUUCUGUGCAGAUUAUUCUGAGUUCUACAUAUAGUACAUGGGUAGAAGAGUCAUUUCUUUGUAGUCAUGAAGUAUUCUUUGAAACCCGCAGAGAGACUGUUCAUGCUAAAACAUUCAUUUGAGGAGGUGCCAAAAAAUAGCUGAAUUUUACCCCUCACCCUUAAUCUUCAUGUAAUAAUGUUUAAAGUAGUGGAAUAAUGACAUUUCAAUGCUAUAUCAUUGAACAUACACAGUUGACCACUCACUUACGAUCUCAGACUUUGUAAAUGAUUGUUGAUCUUGGAUGGUGCCUUGUGUUCACCAGCAGUUUAGAAUGUCACACGUGUUCAGCAUGUUGGAUUUAUAAAGACUCAUGUUUCUCGAUUAGUUUUACACAUGUUUGACAAAUAAAGAAGCAUCAACUUCA